CAGUUCAGUGAGAGCGAGCUGAGAGGCCUAGCUCCGCGGCAUAUCGCGGCAAGCUCGCGAUAGCGAUCGAGCUUGCCGCGCCGUUGCACGCGCAGCUUAGCAGCGCGCGCAGCAGUAGAGUAGGCCGGCGGCCAGACACUGAACUCGCAAACCAAACUAUCCUGGUACUAGGCCUCGAUCUACAUGUAGAAUAUAUUACAUACGGUACCGGGAACUGCAAGCAUGGUGAUGGGAUCGACAGAUGCGGUCCAUGAAUUAGAAAGUCUAGUUGAUGUACUUUGUAAAGAAGAUGAAGAAGAAAGGUGUGAGGGAAUUGCUGACCAGCUAAUGGAAUUGUCUCAUUCUCUUCAUAAACUGGGUUGUGAAGUCCUUCAUCAGCUUGUCAAGGAAAGAGGAGCUCAGAUUGAGCAGUGUGCUGUUAUGUUAUGGAAUGUAGCUGUAUCCAAGAACACUGGAAAUGCUAUUGGAGAUGUCCUCAAUGCUAAAAUACGCCAUCUAGCCAGUAACCUUGCAUUUACCAGUGGACUAUCAGCGAAGAACUUCACAGUACAGAAACGCCAUGUGAUGAUGGCAAGUAAAGCAGCAAGUGCUUGGAUAGAUUGCUGUCAGUUUUCAAUGGCGGAGCAAUGCCUUAGCCUUGCAUUAGAGGGUCUUGAGAAACUGAGGAACCAAGUCCAAGCUCCAAUCAACUCUCUUCCUGAGAAGAAAGAUUGGGCAGAUGAAAAGAAAAAAGAAGUCGAUAGAGAAGCAUUCAAGAUAUUUUGCUUCAAAGCAAAAGCAGCUGUUGGCCAGAAGCAGCAUACACAUGGCCUACAAUGGGUUGAGAGAGCUAGACCACUUCUUAAUACACUUAUCACAGAGGUGUCUGUGCUUGCAAGAAUGUGCUACAACUUUGGUGUGGAUGCUGUCAAGAGUAAAUUACCACAACAUGCUGUAGAAUGGUUAAGGACAAGCUUUGAGCUGGGGAAAGAAUGCCAUGAUUUUGACAACAAGUUACAGGCAAAAAGCCUACGUCUUCUGGCCGCUGCCUACUUAGAUUGGGAUGCUGUUGAGUACUGUCAGAAAGCACUGAAUGCUGUCAGUUUGGCUAAUGCGGAACACACUCACCCCUUCGGACUUCACCUCAAAGUCAAGAUUCUUUUGCUUGGAGACAGUGCUGACCACAAAAUAUUGCAAGCAGCGGUUGAGGAAGCUAUACUCCAUCAGAGUCUGUCUGUUGAUCUUGCUGUGGAAACUGUCAAAUUGUUAGCAAAGCAUGACAAAACUGAUAUUGCCCAGACAGCAUGCCGUCGGCUGACUAGUCGUUUCAUGGAAGCACCUGAUGUUGGCAAACUGCUUGUCCUUCAGCUGGAGCUCCUAACUAGAAACAACAAACAUCAACAAGCCAGGAACCUGGUGGAUGAAAUCAUUGCAGAUCACCGGAGCAAGCUCGAAAGCUCAGAACUAAGGCAUCUUCAUACUCUGAUUUGGGAACAAGCUGCUGCAGCUUUUGAGAAUAGCGAUUUCUCAGAAGCUAUCUUAUGGUACAACUUCUCCUUGAGUCUAUUAACAGAGAAUGCAGAGAUGGAAAAACCAAACAUCGCUAAACUGCAGCGCAACAGAGCAUCUUCUUACAUCAACCUGCGACAAUAUCAAAAGGCUGAAGAAGCUAUGAGAGAAGCUGAAAGAAAUGACCCUACCAACCUGUACACCUACUUCCUUUGGUUUAAAGUUGCUAUAUACAAGGAAGAUAACAAUGGUGCUGUAGCAGCUCUGCAAAAGUUGGGAUCUGUUGCAUCGGUGGAGGCUGGCUCUUGUAAUGAGGAGAACAUAGAGGAAAUCCACAGUCUCAUCUCUUUGGCAGCACAACUAGCAUUUGAGUGGAGUAAUCGCAAGGUUGCCAUAUCUGCUCUGGAGAGCCUCGUUAAGUGUUCUUCUGAUAUACAACAGAUCCUUACAUGUUACAGAUGCCUUACAAGAUUGAGAUUAACAAUAUCUGGAGAGAAGUUAGAUCCAAUAAUGGAAGCAGAUGGAGUAGCUUCAUACUUAGAGUCAGUUUUAGUUGAGCUGAAUAGCAUUGCUGUGAGAGAACCAAAGUCACCCAGUGAGACAGAUGUACUUAAGAAUGAAGCAGCUUGGUUUAUGAAAGUUGCAUGGAAUAUGGCAAUAGAGCAUUCCACAUUGAGCAGACUAGCACAUCUUUUCUUUGUCAAGUGUAGUAAGUUUUGUGAGCUAUUGUCUAAUGAUUCAAGUAAUCUUGGAAGGCAGAAGACUUGUCUUAUUAUGGCUGCUGCUGCUAGUCUUCAGAUGGCUAGAGAGGCUCAGGACAACAAUGAUAAGUGUGCUGCUUUCAAGAAAGUUUUGGAGCAUGUAUAUUCCUGCCAGAAUAUUUGCACUCAGCUGGACUCUGGAGUUAGUGGAAAGGGUGACAGGGCCCAUAUGAUGCUGCUCCUCUAUGAGUUUGAGGCCUUGGCUAAACUUGGAAGGGUCUCGGAACUAGAUCAAAUUUUGAAGAAAGUUCUGUCAUCAUCCGCCUAUGACGUCAAGACGAUCAAAACACUGGCAGAUCUUGCCAUGGAGCCUCCAGCCAAUCACAAACAGUUGAGUAAGAGACUCCUUCAUGCUGCUAUUAACAAACACAUGAGCUCAAAUGAUAUCGAUAUCAAAAUAUGCAGUAAAACCCUUCAAAAUGCUAUCAGACUGUGUUUAGGAGAGGGUCACAGUCCUGAUACAACAGGGAGAGAAGAGGCAUGGCAUCUCUAUCAAGUGGCAAUCAAGCUAUUGCAAUCAGAAAAGAAAGACUCUUAUCCAGAAGUAGACAUUGUUUGGUUGAUGACAAAAGCAUGGAACACAGGAAUAUAUUCCUUCAGCUCUGGUGAGUAUAGCAUUGCAGAUGUGUGGUGUUGUUUGGGAAUGGAACUGAUGUCAUAUCUCUCAGCUCUCAAGGCGAACUAUGAAGAAAAGAUGAACUCUUUGUUUGCAGAGAUUCAGACCAAGAUCAAGGAUUCAAAGCAUAAGGAUAGCUUAGAGGAAUGAAAUACACACAGCAGCCAACAUAACAGUAUUUAUCGUUUAGACUUCUUCUUGAUGAUACUCCUCAACGUCCCUAUUAGAGGAACCACCCGAGGAGGAAUUGAGAGUGCGCACUUUGUUUAUAAGACCUUGUUAUGUGAGUCUUUGUUGCGAAAGAAUAUAGUUGCCUGUGUUUUGAAAUUGUCAGAGAUUGGGAUUGAUUGGAUGUCGGGGGGUAGGGAAUUCCAGUCCUUGAUGGCGCAUGGAAUAUAUGAGUUCUUAAAGCAGUUGGUGCGAUUUGAGCACUGGAUAAAAGAUUUUCCUGACGUAGGUAGUCCGACACCGGCAGGGCCAAGUGCCCCCAAGGCCUUGUGCAGUAUACCAACCCUCAAAACUAUCCUUCUUGUCGAAAGUAGAUCCCAUCCUAACCCCUGCAUUAGUUUUGUAGCAUUGAUGGUUUGCCUAUAGUCACUACAUACCAUUCUGGCUGCCCUUUGCACCUUACCAAUUUCAUGAAUAUGUUCCUUUGUAUAUGGGUCCCAAACGCUAGAACUAUACUCUAAGAUUGGUCGGACUAAAGUUGUGUAAGCUGUAGCUUUUGUGUGUUUUGUGCAUGAUGACAAGUUACGUUUAAUAAAGCCGUUGACUUUAUUUCCAGAAGUUGUGAUUUUGGAAAUAUGCUUGUCCCAUUUAAGAUCUUGAGAGAUAUUGACACCAAGGUAUGAAUGGUAGGUGGUUUUCUGUAGAUCUACGCCAUCCAAGUUAUAUUUGGUUGUGAAAGGUGAUCUGGAAGAAGUUAUCCGAAGAACAAAACAUUUCUCUGGGUUAAGUUUCAUUUACCACUUAUUUUCCCAUGCAGAAAGUUUGUCCAGGUCAUUCUGUAGUCUAGUAGCAUCAUUUUUGUCUCACCUGCGAAGCAAAGUGAGACUAUAGGCGCCGCUUUUCCGACGGCGGUGGCGACGGGGGUGG